UAUGACGUCACCAUUGGAGCUACCUGACGACGCAUAGGUUGCCGACACACGAAAGUUUGGCGUAUUGUGUCACCUCGGUAUAAUGAUGUCGUCGGACAGUGAUUCCGAUAACGAGGAAUUCCAGAUAAAGCGUUACAUGAACACAGAUUUCGGACAGAGCAUAAAACAGGCAAAAACUCUCCAAAAUCACUACAGCGGGAUCAAACCGCAGCCUGGAUUUUAUGAACUUUGCGACCGGAAGCACUGGUCAUUGGGAACGAAAUCGUACUGCGGCAAACAUUGGGAUGUUGAAGGAGUGACCCCUCUGGCUCGGUCAACUCGACGCUUGACCCUUCAUAAUGUCAACACAGAGGUCGACAAAGAGAAAGCCAGGAAAAUUCAAAAAGAGGAUUCCGAGAAAAGAGAAGCAAGUCAAACUCUGUGUCCCAUGAACAAAGAAUUUAACGAUACCGUACACUUCAGCGAGAAAAAGAUGAGAGCAGAAGCAGCGUCUAUGAGAAACCACCAGGCAAAGAUCAAGGAUGACAUGCAACUUCAGUUACUGAAUUUUACACAUGCUGGUUUAGUCGCUUUGGAAACGGAAGAAGAGCGUUUUAAUCAGAUCAAGUUGCUACGAGCAAUGCUGAAUAACGUUAACAAGUCUGCAAGUAUUGAAGAUUUAGUUGAUGCAAUGUCUGAAACGAACGAGAAGAGGAAUCACAUCAACAGAGACCUAGAGGAAGCGUUCGGAAGGUUGGUCGAGGAAGAAAAGGACUUGGAUGAUGAUUACAGGGAAGCCAUGAUGGAAAUGCUUGACGAAUCUCUUAUAAGGGUUAUCUUGAAUAUGGAUAGGGAUGUAACGAAGAAGAUGUUUGAGGAUGAAAAGAAGGAACGAGUGAUGGAACAGAAUAAUUUGCUCAAAGACAAGAAGAGAGCCAAAGCAAUGAAAAACUUUGAGGAGGUCCUGGAUGAUAUGAGACGAAUAUAUCAGCAAGUCUUAGAUGAGGAAGAAAGAAUCGAAGAAAGCUACAAAGAUAAAGUAAGGGAGGUAAAAACUAGGAUGCAGGAAGAACUAGUUAGAAAAUUCGCCGCAAAAUGGGCCGAGAAGGCGUGCGCUGAUGAAAAAACGCGCCGUAUUCAAGAAUUCGAAAACCCUGGUACCAAGAAAAAUGUGGCCUGGGAGUCAAUGAAGAAUCUGAUGAGUAGGGUACAACGACAGAUGAUUUUGUCCAAGUUUGACGGGAAAUGGAUUGAUUUCAAAGAAGAGGCCAAAAAGGAGAAAGCAAAACGGCACGAAACGCUAGUUCCGGAAACUGAACAGGACAAGAAGAUCAGGCAAAUUAGAACACGAUCACGGCGGCCAUCUUGUGUUGUGAGAGGCGAUGAUGAUUAGUCUGAAUCUGUUCUAAAAUAUGAAGAAUUUUUUUUCUAUGCUGACAGAUAUUAUAAUUUUUUCAAUGCUGAUAAGAAUCUUUUUGUUUGUGGUUAUGUACCUCUUUUUUUUUUGAUAAUGCCGAUAAGUAUGCCAUUUUUCUAUUCUGAUAAGCAUUUCAUUGUUUCCAUACGGACAAGCAUUCACCUAUUUCAUUCCACGGUGAAUAUUUCCAUUUUCUAUUACUUUCCUUUGACGUCUUGUUAAAUGUUCCGUUUUGUUUUCGCGGAUAAAUGUUAAUUUCCAUUUUUAUUUCUUUUCAGAUAUUAAGUAGCUUUUUCAAAUGGAUAUCAGUUUAUUCUAUCUGUGAAUUAGACUUCUCUCUUUAAUAUUUCUAAAGACCGUGAUAUUAAUAUUAAACCAAUGCCAA